CUUGGCUUUAUCGCAAGCACAAGCAUCCAAACCCGUUUUCUAGACCACAAAGCCCACCAAACGGAGGUUGAUACACUGAACAAACAACCUUCAGGGAGUGAAGAAAAAAACGACCAUGGCCUCCACUUCAUGCUUCUUGCACCACCAUGCACUAACCACUCCUGCUAGAUCAACCCCAUCAUCACAACGCCAAGUGGCUAACCUCAAGCCCACCCAGCUGGUUUGCAGAGCCCAAAAGCAGGCAGUACAGGAGGAGGAUAAUGGUGCUGUGUCUCGCAGAUUGGUUCUCACAGUGCUCAUUGGUGCUGCUGCCCUUGGCUCCAAGGUAGCUCCUGCUGAUGCUGCCUAUGGUGAAUCUGCCAAUAUUUUCGGGAAGCCAAAGACAGACACAGAUUUCUUGCCCUACAAUGGAGAUGGAUUCAAGUUGUCAAUUCCAUCAAAAUGGAAUCCAAGCAAGGAGAGAGAGUUCCCUGGUCAGGUUCUUAGAUACGAGGACAACUUCGAUGCCACCAGCAACGUUUCUGUCAUGGUCAUCCCAACCGAUAAGAAAUCCAUCACCGACUACGGUUCCCCUGAGGAAUUCCUCUCCAAGGUGGAUUUCUUGCUUGGAAAACAAUCCUCCUUGUUUGCAACCGCAUCUGAGGGUGGUUUCGACCCCAACAACGUGGCAACAGCUAACAUAUUGGAGACAUCAACUCCAGUGAUUGGUGGGAAGCAAUAUUUCUUCUUGUCAGUACUGACAAGGACUGCUGAUGGAGAUGAAGGUGGCAAGCACCAACUUAUCACAGCCACUGUGAAGGAUGGUAAGCUUUACAUUUGCAAGGCACAAGCUGGAGACAAGAGGUGGUUCAAGGGAGCAAGAAAGUACGUGGAGAGCACUGCAAGUUCUUUCAGUGUUGCUUAAGAGACUUAACUAAGGAAUUGUAUGUAAAUCAUAUUUAAAUCUAUGAUGUUUGUUUUGAAUUGUUGUC